CUUUCUCUCUCUCUCUCUCUCUCGCCUUCACCCUCCUCCUUCGUUGUCGCAGGAUAUCUACGUACCUUUGCCGCAUCCAUUUGGAUCCGGGGAGCUUCGGAGAAUUCGAUCCGUUCUCAAAUUUCUCGUUCCCUCGAUCGAGAAAUUCGAGAUUUUGAAGGACGAAUUUGACUCUGGUUUGGUGCUUUGGAACCAAAAGCGGGAUUUCUAGGUCGAUUCCUCGAAUUGGACGAGGAAACGAGGGUUUCGUGGAGGGAUCAGGCGUCGUUCGCCAUGCUACUGGCUCGGGAGUUUGGGGUUAGGCGGGUCGGGGAGGCGCCUUCGCCGCCGGUGGCCACGCGUCGACGGUCGGCCAGGCUGGGGCCCUGGGUGUUGGAUCCGCGGCCCGCCUCUGGGUCCCCCCGGGGGCGGAAUGGCGGCGGGGAGGGCGACUUCCGUAUCUGCUCUGCCGCCAAGGAUUUCAUGGGUCAGAUUGGUGGGUUCAGCCACGAGAGCGAGCACGACUUGGCGUUGAUGGUGACCGAUUUCCUGGAGAACGGGAGCGGUAGCGCCGAGUCACGGUACAGCAGCGAUAGCGAUUCCGGGUUCUCGGAUCUUGCUCACCUUGCCGAAAAUGUAAUGUUUGUUAAACGUGGUAUGACACAGUCUGAGAGCGGUUUGCAAUCCGUUGUCCAUUCCCUUCUCUUUUCUAUUAAUGAGGUAGACCUCUAUCUCGUGAAGGAGGAGCAAUGCAAUGCCAGUUGUAUAAGGCAGAGUUUGGUUAAGCUCCUGAAACUCUCUGGUUAUGAUGCUGCUAUAUGCUCAUCUAGAUGGCAGGGUUUUGACAAAGUUCCUGGAGGAGAUCAUGAAUAUAUCGAUGUGGUUCUCGGUGAAGCCGAGGGUUCUGAACGUUUGAUCAUCGACAUCGACUUCCGCAGCCACUUUGAGAUUGCAAGAGCAGUUGAUUCUUAUGAUGCUGUUCUGAGUUCUCUACCGGUAGUCUAUGUUGGCUCCUUGUCUAGACUUAAACAGUUCUUGCAGGUCAUGGUCGACGCUGCCAAAUUUUCUCUCAAGCAGAACUCAAUGCCUCUGCCUCCAUGGAGAUCGCUGGCUUAUUUACAAGCAAAGUGGUACUCCAAGUAUGAGAGGGAACACAAUGUACACACAAGGAACAAGCACAUUGUUGGUUCUGAUCAUAGACAGUGUAUCGGCCAUCUGCAGCGGCUGAAAGCCUCCCUUAAGUUGGAAAUCGAAUCAGAACGGUUGCUGAAGCCUAUAACCAACGACAAGAAACGGAUGGCAAAAUCAGACAGACAGAGGCUCUCCCUGCUCGGUUGCUGAUUCAGGUGUAUAUGAAUACGUAUUGGUGCAAAGAGUUUCAAUUCUUUGGAUACAAGAAAUAGCAUAGAGAACAACAUCUGACACUUUUUUUCCAGCAAACAUUUUGUUCGGGGCACCGAAUAAGUUGGAAUUGUGGUUUCACAAACCGGCAACUAGGCACAUAAAAUUCAAGUUCAAUGUUCUACAUUCACAAGAAGCCAGCAAAAGCUCAGAGGCUCUUGUUUUCAACCAGCUGACUCACCUUUCCUAUUACGGUUGUACUUUUCAGAUUCUUUUCUGCGCAGUUCAUUUCUUUGGUCCUGCAAAAAUUUUGUUUGAGGUGUGUGGUGGAAAAAUUUUCUCCAUCGCUUGUGUCCUUCAUAGAUUCUUGUCAUCAAAAUUAUACAACGAUAUAUUGAUCUCAUUUACUUGGAA